CAGGUCUGGAAGUGCAAGGAGGAGGCAGGACAACGCUGCUGCUGGAGCGGGGAAUGAUGGCGGUGAGCAAAGACGAAGGGGCAAGUUUGAUACUGUAGAACCGGGGCGUCGAGGGCGAUAUUUUGGUGCCUUACACGAUAAAGCAAAGAAAGAUGACGCCGUUGUGAGUGUGAAGUUGAGACAGAAGUGCUCCAAAGAAACGCCGCCGGACCCAUGGCACCACUUUCAUAAAGUUGACUGAAAAUAUUUUAUCAGCCUGAAGCAAGCGUCUUUCCAAACCCAACUUUUUCUAAUUGGGCUACAGUCAUUAUCAAGCAAAAAUGAUCAAAGCGGAAAGCAAAGGAGGCGACAGGACCCUGAGGAGCGCGUCCCCUCACAGAAAUGCAUAUAAGUCUGACUUUCACGCCAUUAAGUGCUCCUUUGAUGGGCCAAAAUCCGAUGGCUCUGCCAAAUCAUAUGCAAAUGGUUCCAGUGACACCAGGGAGGACUCAAGGGGGAGGCCCUUUGGGACUAGAGUGAACAAGAUCAAGAACAUUUUCCUACAGAUGGAUGGCCAACAACAAGAAAGCCAAGAAGGGAAAGUAACUGUAAAGUCUGAUGCAACCCCUGUGUCACCAACAAAGGUGCAGUUUCCAGUCAACACUCACAGAGUUAACUUCAACAGUCCUGCAAGCCCAGAAUCACACAAUUUAGAUAAAACACCCAAGGGGGAGGAUGUUGAGAUUGACAAAGUGGCUUUGGCGGAAAAGUUUUCUGUGACCAGAAAACUCUUUGAAAGGGGCAUCAAAGAGCAGCCUGCAGCAGAAAAGCAGUCACCAAACAGAGUAGUAAACCGAUUGUCCCUUGGAAGUGCUUCUGAUGAGGGGAAAAACACAAGGAGAGUAUCAGGAUCCUCUGAGACCACUAUAAAAACAGACCAGACUCCUACUUCAGCAGUUGAAUGUCAAGUAGAUGGGAACACAGAUGGCGAGAAAAAGCAUGCAUCUAGAGUGUCAUUAAAUGCAGGACCCAUGUCCAAAAGGUUAGAGAAUUAUAUGGCUGAGAAUGAUUCGGAAGACGUGAACAAAGCCUCUGUGAAAGGAGGAACUGUGUCUGCUAAGCAGCAAAGUACCACUGAACACCUACUGCCUACGUCUCCAACAAAGGAAGGCUUGCACAAACCGCCUGUGAAAGAAGCCACUAACUCUAUGCCUGUGACAGAUGCCACUAAGAAAAACACAUCACCAACUUGUCUCAAACCAACAACUUUGGGGUCCACCAUUGGGCUCAAACCUACAUUCCCAGCUACCAAUGCAGCAUACAAAUCUGUUUCUCCAACAACAGAUGCCACUCGGAAACCCCUCACACCAGAGCAAACAACCCCAGUUAGCCACGGGUACAAACGCUCAUCAUCAUCUGGUGAUGGAUUUAGGACAUCUGUUGGUGGGGAUGAAGGCAAACCAGACAGUAUGCCCCCAAGGGAUGUGAAGCAGCCUCCAGCAUCAGUUGGUGGGGUUCAAAACACCAACAGGUCUAAAUACUCUGAAAAGGCCAUGACAAGUGACAGCGUAAUACAAAGUUCCACUAGGGACAAACCUCCCAGUCAGACCUCCUCUCUGGACUCCAGGGGGGUGGGUAUGGUGCGGGCCGAGCUAGUAGUGGUACAGAAUGAGUCAUCAGAGAGUGAAGAUGAGAAUGUUGAAGACAGUGUGUUUGAAGAGAGGAAGGCCAAAAGCCCCACAGAUCAGCCAGAUGACCUAAAAACCUCUCCAACUGAAAAACAGAAUUGCCACCAAGUUCAUCAAGUCUUAACUAGAGAUGUAGCAAAAGAGACACAAAGGAUAGCAGAAACUGUGGGUGAAGGAAGAAUCUUGGAGGACAAUGAUCAAUUGGGGAUGAAAGAGGAGAUCUCAUUUGUGAGUCAAGAUGGUGAUGCUAAUUGUGAAGAAGAUGAGGAGGUAGCAGAGGAGGAGAAUGAGCUGGAGGAGCAGGUGGACCAGGGCAUUCCGAAUAGAGUCUCACCAGUGGUGUACGGUAUAGAGAACGCAGCAUUUGUAGAUGACAGAGAUGUAGAGCAGGUCCUCAGGGAAGAAGAUGAGGAGGAGAAUGAAGAAGAGGAGGAAGAUGGAGUAUGUGAUGACCAUUAUGAAGCCCCUGGUCUGUCAGAUGAAGAAGAUCCACCCGCUAAGAGGAAAAUCAAGUUCUCCACAGACCCCAUUCAGGUCUUCAGUACUUUCUCCAAUGAAGAAUAUGAUCGGCGUAACGAUGAUGUGGACCCAGUUGCAGCAUCUGCAGAGUAUGAGCUGGAGAAGAGAGUGGAGAAGAUGGACGUGUUCCCUGUGGAGAUUGAGAAAGGAGACAAUGGACUUGGCAUCAGCAUCAUAGGAAUGGGAGUGGGAGCCGACCAGGGUUUGGAGAAGCUUGGCAUUUUUGUGAAAACCAUAACAGAGGGAGGAGCGGCUGAGAGUGAUGGACGCAUACAGGUGAAUGACCAGAUAGUAGAGGUGGAUGGUAUCAGUCUGGUGGGCGUUACCCAACUGUUUGCAGCUACAGUCCUGAAGAACACCAAAGGCACAGUGAGGUUCCUGAUUGGACGGGAGAAGCCAGGGACACAGAGUGAGGUAGCUCGCCUCAUAAGUGAAACACUAGAGCAGGAGAAGAGUCAGCAACAACAACAACAACACCUGGAUGACCCCUAUGAACACUCAACAGAGGAGGAGGAGCGCUAUGAAGAGGAGGACGGGGCAGAUGAGAGGAUUCUGUGCUCCAAUUUCUCUCCAGGUCGGAACGUAGAAGUGUUUGAGCUGCCUGAUUCAGAGGCUUUGUUUAUGCCAAGCAACAUGGACAGCUCUCAGAUGGCCUUCAAGUUCAAAGAGCUGCAGCUCAAACAUGGCAUUGCCACAGCAGAAAUAAGUCAACUAAAGGAAAAGCUAAGAGCUUCUGAGGAAGACAGAUCCCUGUGGGAAGCCAGGGAGUCUGCACUCGAGCAAAAGAUAGAGGAUAGCAACGAAAAAAUCCUGAAGUUGGAGAGUUACUGGCUGGAGGCCCAGACUCUGUGCAAGAGUGUGAAUGAACAAUUAAGUGAGGUGCAGGCCCAGCAUGAGACCCUGGACAAGAAGUACAACAAAGCAAAGAAAAUGCUCAAGGACUACCAACAGAAAGAGAUCGACUUUGUGAAGAAAGAGGAGGAGCUGAAAAAGACACUUGAUGAAAAGGAGAAGUGGUACAUGGAGCAGCUGGAGAGCUUGCAGAACAGGAUAGCUGUUCUGGAGUCCAGUGGAGCCUCGGGUGCGGAGCCUCAGAGUGGUCAGGACUCUGCAACAGAUGGGACGUUAAGCGUCACAGACUCAGUCAACAACUCACAAUCUGUUGACUCACUGCUAGAGCAAGACUGGAGUGACUUGGUCCCUGAGACUGAGCGCUUGGACACCAGUGCACACAGAGCAAAGGGCCUGCUGGCUCAGAAAGCCAAACGUCAGCCCCCUUCUCGGAACAAACUGAAAGAGAGCCUUGCUGUGACUUCAAGUUACUCUCAGGAAACUGAAGAAGACGAGGAGGAGCAGGAAUCUCCCAGGAGGAGGAGGUCUAUCCAGGAGGCUCUAUCCCUCCCAGUGCCUGUCUGCUAUCCUGGGAAUGGACAGAAAGAUGAUCCAGGAGAGACAAGAGAUGUAUCCAAGAGUAAAACAGAGCUGUCCAGCAGCCCGUCUUUGUCUCACUCACUGGGAGACAGUGUUGAAAGCAGCGGGAGCCCCUCUCUGUCCCCUCCAAAAGACACCUCAUCACCACACUCUCCCUCUCAGUUCAUGCGCAAUGUCAAGAAGAGGGAGUCCAAAGGCAAGGGCAAAGAGCUCAAAGAGGAGCUAAAUGAAGCUUCAUCAGCAGGGAAACCUAAGAGAAGAUUUCCAGACUUUGGGGGGCUGCGAAAGUCUGGUGGAAAAGGAAAAAAACAUGAUAAGGAAGCAAUGAGAGCAUCACUGGACAGCAGGGGAUCAGCAGAGUUACUGGAGGAGUCUGGAGGGAACCUGUCUCCUGCAGAUUCCAUGACUUCCAUCCCCACCUGUAUGCCCUUCUCCUGGUUUGGAGACAAAGAGAGAGACAGGGAUAGAGAUCCCUCCUCUUCUAACAGCAGUCUGCCAUACACUACUGAGACCAGCAGCGAGCAAAGCCAAGACCGCAGGAAUAAGACAAAUCUCUCCUGGUCCUCUUUAUUCAGUCGAUCAGUAGAUUUGAGUUUUUCAGUCAUAGAUGAUUCUAACCCUGCCAGUCCCAGUUCAGACAUCUCUGGGUUAGUCGCUGAACCCAAUCUGUCUGGGCGCUCACACACUUUAAUCUUCUCUUCCAGCGAGACUCUGGAUGAUGAACCAGUAGCUUCAGGUAAAGAGUAUCAGUGGCAGAACCGGCCUGUGUGGGAAUGGACCAAUCAGCAGGUCUGUCACUGGUUGAUGGGCAUGAAUAUGGACCAAUACACACCUGAGUUCACAGCCAAGGGAGUGGACGGCCAGCAGCUUUUACAUCUGGACAGUGACAAGUUAAAGGCACUCGGUGUGUCGAGUCAAAGCGACCGUUCAACCAUCAAGAAGAAGCUAAAGGAGCUGCGUAAAGCGCAGGAGAAGCUGGAGAAACAGAGAGAGAAGAAGGAGAAGGAGGGUCGACGCAGCGGGAAACUGCCAGCCAGUACCGACUCGGUCUGCUGAGGAGGACGUAGCUCGACUUUAAAUGAUGCAGCUCAUGAAGUUUAUCGCUCACAGAAGCCUGAGCAACGUGGCUUAUUCUGUUGCCAUGACGUUUUUGACACAUGGAGGCUGUCAGUGAUGUUCCUGGGCUGACUGAGGUGCCAGAUGUGAUUUAUGUUCAAACUGCAGCUCAUUUUUCAUCACUUCCAAAUAUUUAUCUAGAUUUCAUAUUAUUUUAACUGGUUGUUUUAAAGUUGGAUACGUGACCAAAAAUUAACAUUUUUACCACUAUAAAGCUAGAGGCUGUUACUAGAAGACCGUUUAAGAUCAGGUGUAGAGUUUGCAGAUCAUGCACGUGUUUACCUAUGGAGGUCAGAUGUAUUCUGCUUUAUCAGCAUUUUAUAUUUUUGCUAGAGGAACGGUUAUUGUACAGUCAGAUAAAAGCACUAUAUUUGUCUUUUAAGCUUCAAAGGGCCACAAGGUUUUAAAUGUAUGAAUACGUUUUAUACAUGUGCCUAUUAACUGCAUAUCUUUUUUUUUUUUAUACUUAAAGACCAUUGUCCAUUUUAUAUGAUCUAAUUUCUACUAAGUAGAAUAGCCACGCUGUCGAUUUGCUGAAUGAAAAGCAACAAACAAAUCACAUAGGGACGAUGUAAAUGCUGCUCUCUCUGUCCCUGACACGGGCUGUGCGUCACUGAGACGGGACAUUGAAUUCACACAGCAUGCAGGUCUGCUACACACACUCCUCACAGGUUUGUAAGACACGCCUACGACAAGGACUUGUGUGAGUCAGGAGCACAGCGCCACGUAUGAAAUGUGAGGCUGAAAGAUGAAAUAUUAACAGCCAGACUUAAGUGCUUCUUCUUUUUCUUAAGCAUGACUCCAUGUCCUGUAAAGAGUACGACAUGCUGGACGGCAAGAAAAUCGUGUUUUCGCAUCUUCAACCAGAAAGACAUUCUUGGUACAUACAGCAUCAAUAAACUAAUUCUCACGUUG